GUUGUACCCUGUAAGUUACCAACUUGAUUAGACUUUUGGCGUGUUGACGGUUUGGGGACACAGAGUGCAGCAAACAACUUACGCAGCUGAGCCCUAGAGGCAGCCGCGCAAAUGGCUCAAGCACAAGCUACUGCUCAGCAACGCACAGAGCUGCUUGCCCGGCAACUUCUUGCUGCGGAGCAAGCGAAUGGACUUGUCAUGGCCCCGACAGCGGGGCACCAGCACGCUAGCCAGGUUGAGAUUCCAACCUUCAGCAUCGCGCUGCCUGAGAAGCUGACGCCCGACGGGCCAUGGAGCGUGUACCGCUCCGCCACGUCGCCCUUCCAGCUGGUGUCCACCUACCCGCCCCCCGCCGACCAUGUGCGCACGCUACACGACAACCUGGAGUAUGCGGCCUCCAAGUUUCCGCACAUGCCGUACCUGGGCUGGCGCAAGCGGGACGACAAGGGGCGGCUGGGCGCCUACACGUGGAUGACCUACGCGCAGGCUAGCGACGUGCGCACGGCUCUGGGCUCGGGGCUGAUGCAGCUGGGGCUGCAGCCCAAGUCGGCGGUGGGCAUCUACAGCGUCAACUGCAAGGAGUGGCUGCUGUACGACUACGCGCUGCACGCGUACGGCAUGGUGUCUGUGCCGCUGUACGACACGCUGGGGCCGGACGCUGUGGAGUUCAUCGCCAACCACGCCGAGCUGGCGGCGGUGGGCGUGUCGGCGGCGGUGCUGCCCACCAUGCUGACGGUGCUGCACCGCUGCCCCACCGUGCGCCUGCUGGUGGUGUGGGGCGCCAGUGGCCCGCUGCCCGACCCGCCCGCCGGCGCGAGCCACUGCCGGCUGAUGACGCUGGAGGCGGUGGAGGGCCUGGGCCGCCGCCACCCGCGCGCGCACCUGCCGCCCAAGCCCAGCGACAUCGCCACGCUGUGCUACACCAGCGGCACCACCGGCACGCCCAAGGGCGCUGUGCUGACGCACGGCAACCUGAUCUCCAACGCUGCCGGCACCGCCACGCUGCUGACGGAGAGCUCCCCCGGCGACCGCCACCUGUCGUACCUGCCGCUGGCGCACAUCUACGAACGGGUCAACAUCGUGCUGCUGACGUACCUGGGCGCGGCUGUGGGCUUCUACAGCGGCAACGUGCAGGAGCUGCUGGAGGACGUGACAGUGCUCAAGCCGCAGAUCUUCGCCUCGGUGCCUCGGCUGUGGAACCGCAUCUACGACCGCGUCAUGCUGGCGGUGCAGACCGGCAGCCCGCUGGCGCGCGGCCUGUUUGAGCGGGCCUACGCGCACAAGCGGGCGUGCCUGGCCAAGGGCGACCCCGUGGGCGGGCGCUGGGGGCGGCUGUACGACCGGCUGGUGUUCAGCAAGAUCCGGGCCAAGCUGGGCGGGGAGCUCAAGUACAUGAUCUCGGGCGCCUCCCCCAUCAGCGAGGAGGUCAUGUCCUUCCUGCGCAUCUGCUUCGGCGCCGUGGUACUGGAGGGCUACGGCAUGACCGAGGCCGCCUGCACCAUCUCCACCACACGCGCCGAGGACCUCACCACGGGCCACGUGGGCGCGCCCAACCCCGCCGUGGAGAUCAAGCUGGUGGACAUCCCCGAGAUGGGCUACACCGCCCGCGACAGCCCCUACCCGCGCGGCGAGAUCUGUGUGCGCGGCCCCAGCGUGUUUGCGGGCUACUACAAGGACGAGGCACAGACGCGCGACGUGCUGGACGGAGACGGGUGGCUGCACACAGGCGACGUGGGCGCGUGGCUGGAGGGCGGUCGGCUCAAGAUCAUUGACCGCAAGAAGAACAUCUUCAAGCUGGCGCAGGGCGAGUACAUUGCGCCAGAGAAGAUCGAGAACACCUACACGCGGAGCCCCAUGGUGCUGCAGGUGUUUGUGUACGGCGACUCGCUGCGCUCCCAGCUGGUGGCGGUGGUGGUGCCCGACCCGGAGGUGCUGGUGCCGUGGGCCAAGGAGCGCGGCAUCGCGGGCUCGCUGCCGGAGCUGUGCGCCAACCCGCACGUGCGCGACGCCGUGCUCAAGUCCAUGCAGGAGCAGGCGCGGGAGGCGCAGCUGCGCGGCUUCGAGCAGGUGCACACGAUCCACCUGUUCCCCGAGCCGUUCAGUGUGGAGAACGACAUGCUCACACCCACGUUCAAGCUCAAGCGGCCGCAGGCCAAGGCCCGCUUCCAGGAGGAGCUGGACGCCAUGUACGCCGCAAUGCCCGCCACACACUGAGCGGGGUGCGGGGGCGGGGGGCGCAGUGCCAUGCGAAGGUGGAUGUGGUGGGAGGGCAGAGGGGGAUGACAUGCAUUAAGUUUAAGGGGGAGAGGAACGGCCGGGUUAUGAGGGGGCCAGUCUGGCGUGGCGCGCUGCACAACCGGCGGUGUGUUGCAUGUCAGAUAGCACCGGGGCCCUGCUCGUAGGCGGUAGGCUCGUCAACGCAGGCGCUACGGGAUCGGGCAGGCGGUUGGGCGGCAGCGCGGGCAGCAUGGCGUCUGUGCCGCCGCCGCCGCCGUCUUCAUCGCCGCGUGUGCCAUGGGGCGGUAGCGUGGUGUGCUGGUGCGCGUCAGUUUGUAGUGACGCGGCCGUAGCAGCGCGGAGUGCAUGGUGGCUAGCUGCUGCGGGCUGCUGCAGUGAUGCUGCAAGUAGGAUGGGGCAGGGGCUGGGGAUGUUGGGCAAGCGGCGCGCGUUGCAAUCAGCCUGGCAUGCAGCGUCUUGGGAGAGGCGUUUGCACUGUGUUACACAGGCGUUGCGUUUGUCUUGUGAGGCUCUAUGCGACGGAAGAUGGGCAGCGUCGCAGCGUAGGUGGGUGCUCAUCGCGGACUGACGGACGUCGAGCAUGCUAUGGAUGGGUGCCGUCUGGUGGGUGCACUGGUACAGGCUGUCUAGGGCAGCACGGUCAAGGUGUGAGUGGGUUCUGCGCAGCCUGGUCGCACGUUCAGUCUGUGAACACCGCCCGACACCGCUGCCCACUGGCGCCGGCUCCUCCGGUCACCUGGGAGACCUGGUGUCUGGCCCACGCUGAAGCAUGUAUAAGGAGCCAUGAAGCACAGCUGCUUGUUGUGCAGGUUAUGCCGCUACGUAGGAGGAGCGAGCUAGGCGGCUAGGGUAGGUCUCAAGGGAAGGACUAACGGGAAUCACCUUCGGACUU